GGAGUUGUGGGGCGUAAAGGUUAUAAACAAUUGUGACAAGUUUCUGAAACUGUUUCCCAGCUGUAUAAAAAGAGUCAGAACAUCUGGACCGAAACAGGUAUCUGAAUGAAGACAGAAUGAAGACCACUGCCUUUCUGUUGUUAUCUCUGUGCUGCUACAGUCUGUCUGGGGCUCAAGAAGAGACCCAGAAGAUUGAAAAUGAAAAUAAAAACCAGCCACGCAAUUGCCAUCCUGACAUGUGUAAACUGAUUGAAGACUUUGGUGCCAUGGAGGAGAAACUGCGCACUACAGUAGAAAAACUGAGAGCCGUGGAAAUUAAACUCAAAGUUACUCAAUACCAACUUGAGGAACUGAAGAAUAAGGGGAAAACUAAGGUGAUAUUUUCGGCAGCCAUAGGCGGGUAUGGUGCCAUUGGGCCAUUCAACCAUGUCACCACCCUGAUCUACAAAACUGUAAUCACUAACAUCGGCAGUGCCUACAACCCAAGUACAGGUGUAUUUGUUGCUCCUGUUCGAGGGGUCUACCACUUCACCUUCUUCUACCAUGCGGGAGGAAAUCUACGCAAAGAAAUUGACUUGUUCAAGAAUGAACAGCUAAUUGCUGCUGCGGCUGACCACGCUUCUAACGCCGAUACGGCUGACAAUGGAGGAAAUGCUGUCAGUCUCCAGCUGGAGGUCGGGGACCGAGUCUACAUAAGUCUCUCAGCUAACACGUAUGUCUGGGACUCGAUUGGCCUCACUACAUUUAGUGGCUUCCUGCUCAGCUGAGUGUGAUGAAAUAUAUUGGUAGAGAACAGUACUCGCAAUGCCAGGAUAGGGGGUUUGAUUCCCCGGGCCACAUGCUAAUCAAAUAUAUGCGUCUGUGACUAAGUUGCUAAGAAUAAAUGCUUCUAAAAGGGACAUUUUGUUGAUGUUGUGUUCACUGAAUCUUUAGCUCCUCGUUUCAUCAUGUAUUCAUUAGAUCCGUCAUGUAUUUUAUACAUCCUGUUUCAUCAUGUAUUCAUUACAUCCAUCAUGUAUUUUAUACAUCCUAUUGCAGGGUCGUAUAUUAC